CCGAGUCAGACCACUGGGAGGCUGGGGGAGCCGGGUUGGGCGAGGAGGCGAGCGAGAUGGGGGAGCUCUUAUUUUGACAGGGGCCUCUCCGGGCUCUGGUAUGAAGGCAGAAGGAGGCAGCCAGAGAGCCCCGAUGCUUAUUCAGGCUGGGGAGCGGAGCCGAGUGGAGGGGCGAGCGAGGCUCCGGCAGCGCAGGGGAGCCCGGGGAGGCGGCGGCGAGCGGCUGAGCCAGUGGCCGGACAUGCCCCGGACUCGGGGCCGCUGCACCACCGCCGCCGCCCGGAGCCAGCCGGCCGGACACCCGCACGCCUGGGUCCCCCGGCGCCGCGCCGCCCGGGGGCUGCGACCUGGACCCUCGGCGUCCGACCAACAAUAAGCGCCCAGACAGCCCCCUCCCCGCCCCGCGCCCGCCGUCCCCGCGGGCCUCGGGGAAAGUGAAAGGAGGAGGCGAAGGAAGGAAGGAAGGAAGGAAGGGAGGAGGAGCAGGAGCCGGAGCCGUGAGGUUCGGGGCCGAGACCCCAGCCCCGAGCCCCGGGCCGGGCUGUUGUGCGCGUUCUCCCGCCGCUGCCGGGCGCCCACGACCAUGCUCCGCGGUUGGGAGGCAGGAACCCAGGCGCCCAGCGACCCCCGGAUACCCACUCCCGGGCCGUGCUGGUACUGAGAUCAAGGCGUCCAGGAUCAAAAGAUCACUGCCUGCCUGCCCCCCUCCGCACCUCCAACUGGCGAGCAGGAGGACCCCAAUCCACCCACCGACCCUGACCUGGUCAUGGCGUCCAGCUCCGGCCUGGCGUGAGGACCCCCGACCCGCGCGAGAAGCACUUGGAGCAAAUCAGUGAAGAAGAGGGCUGGGGCAGAGGCUGUUUGUCAAGGGCCUAUGGAGACUGCAGCAGGAGGCCCUCCCAGCCAGGCCCAGUCCCCAGGACUUCGCGUCUUCAGGGGACAAGAAAGACCACACAGGGACAUGGGACCCACACCAUUCUUCUCCCUGACGCAGGAUAACCCUGGGGUGGCUGGUGCUGGCAGCUGGGGUCCUCAGGCCUCCUCACCCAUCCCUCCUCCCCGGACCUCAGGCCAGGCCGUGGGAGUCGUCCGCCCCCUCUCUCCCUGUGGGCCGAGCUCUAAGGGAGCCCCAUCCCAGAUCACACCCUUGAGCCUGAGCCCGACCCGCAUUAUCCUGAGGUUACCCCACCCCAGGAGGAGAGAAGCUCCAGGGAGCCCGCCGCUGUCCCCCCGCGGCCACUGCCCCCCUGCCCCAGCCAAGCCAAUGCACCCAGAAAAUAAGUUGACCAAUCAUGGCAAGACAGGGAAUGGCGGGGCCCAAUCCCAGCACCAGAAUGUGAACCAAGGACCCACCUGCAACCUGGGCUCGAAGGGCGUGGGGGCGGGGAACCAUGGGGCCAAGGCCAACCAGAUCUCACCUAGCAACUCAAGUCUGAAGAACCCCCAAGCAGGGGUGCCCCCUUUCAGCUCGCUCAAGGGCAAAGUGAAGAGGGAGCGGAGCGUGUCUGUGGAUUCUGGAGAACAGCGAGAGGCUGGGACCCCGUCUCUGGAUUCAGAGGCCAAAGAGGUGGCACCACGGAGUAAGCGGCGUUGUGUGCUGGAGCGGAAGCAGCCAUACAGUGGGGACGAAUGGUGCUCAGGACCAGACAGCGAGGAGGACGACAAGCCCAUUGGGGCCACCCACAACUGUAAUGUAGCAGACCCAGCCAUGGCGGCCCCACAGCUGGGUCCUGGCCAAGCCACCCAACUGCCCCUCAGUGAGAGCAGCGCACCAGGCCCUCCUCAUGGGCCGCCGCCAGGCCUUCGGCCCGAUGCCCCCGGGGGUGGAGGCGGGAGUGUCCCCGGAAAGCCUCCCUCACAGUUUGUGUAUGUCUUCACCACCCACCUGGCCAACACGGCUGCGGAAGCUGUGCUACAGGGCCGGGCCGACUCCAUCCUCGCCUACCAUCAGCAGAAUGUGCCCCGGGCCAAGCUGGACCAGGCCCCCAAAGUGCCACCCACCCCAGAGCCGCUACCCCUGAGCACGCCGUCAGCAGGCACCCCUCAGUCCCAGCCGCCUCCACUGCCACCACCGCCACCCCCAGCCCCCGGCAGCGCCCCUCCUGCACUGCCUUCUGAGGGGCCUCCUGAGGACACCAACCAGGACCUGACACCCAACUCAGUGGGAGCUGCCAGCACGGGCGGUGGGACUGGGGGUACCCACCCUAACACCCCUACAGCUUCCACCACCACCAAUCCGCUGCCUCCUGGAGGAGACCCCAGCAGUGCCCCUGGCCCUGCCCUGCUGGGGGAGGCCCCCCCUGGAAAUGGGCAGCGGAGCCUGGUGGGCUCUGAGGGCCUGUCCAAGGAGCAGCUGGAGCACCGGGAGCGUUCCCUCCAGACACUUCGAGACAUUGAGCGGCUGUUGCUCCGCAGUGGGGAGGCCGAGCCCUUCCUCAAGGGGCCCCCUGGAGGAGCAGGCGAGGGGGGACCACCAGCACAGGCCCCUCCUGCCCCACAGCAGCCCCCCACGGCCCCACCCAGUGGGCUGAAGAAGUACGAGGAGCCCUUGCAGUCCAUGAUUUCACAGACACAGAGCCUCGGGGGCCCCCCGCUGGAGCAUGAAGUGCCUGGGCACCCCCCGGGCGGGGACAUGGGGCAGCAGAUGAACAUGAUGAUGCAGAGGCUGGGCCAGGACAGCCUGACGCCUGAGCAGGUGGCCUGGCGCAAGCUGCAGGAGGAGUACUACGAGGAGAAACGGCGGAAGGAGGAGCAGAUCGGGCUGCAUGGGGGCCGCCCGCUUCAGGACAUGAUGGGCAUGGGGGGCAUGAUGGUGAGGGGGCCACCGCCCCCCUACCACAGCAAGCCCGGGGAUCAGUGGCCCCCCGGAAUGGGUGCCCAGCUGCGGGGGCCCAUGGAUGUCCAAGAUCCCAUGCAGCUCCGGGGCGGACCCCCCUUCCCUGGCCCCCGUUUCCCGGGCAACCAGAUGCAACGGGUGCCUGGGUUUGGGGGCAUGCAGGGUAUGCCCAUGGAGGUGCCCAUGAAUGCCAUGCAGAGGCCUGUGAGGCCGGGUAUGGGCUGGACGGAAGACUUGCCCCCCAUGGGGGGGCCUGGCAAUUUUGCCCAGAACGCUGUGCCCUACCCAGGCGGGCAGGGCGAAGCCGAGCGAUUUAUGACCCCGCGGGUUCGUGAGGAGCUGCUGCGGCAGCAGAUGGAGAAGCGGUCGAUGGGCAUGCAACGCCCCCUGGGCAUGGCUGGCAGCGGCAUGGGGCAGGGCAUGGAGGUGGAGCGGAUGAUGCAGGCGCACCGGCAGAUGGAUCCGGCCAUGUUCCCCGGACAGAUGGCUGGCGGCGAGGGCCUGGCGGGCACUCCCAUGGGCAUGGAGUUUAGUGGAGGCCGGGGCCUCCUGAGUCCCCCCAUGGGGCAGUCUGGGCUGAGGGAGGUGGACCCACCCAUGGGGCCGGGCAACCUCAACAUGAACAUGAAUGUGAACAUGAACAUGAACAUGAACCUGAACGUGCAGAUGACCCCACAGCAGCAGAUGCUGAUGUCGCAGAAGAUGCGGGGCCCCGGGGACAUGUUGGGGCCGCAGGGCCUCAGUCCCGAGGAGAUGGCCCGAGUGCGGGCCCAGAACAGCAGUGGCAUGAUGGGCGGCCCGCAGAAGAUGCUUAUGCCCUCACAGUUUCCCAACCAGGGCCAGCAGGGAUUCUCUGGGGGCCAGGGACCCUACCAAGCCAUGCCCCAGGACAUGGGCAGUACUCAAGACAUGUUCAGCCCGGACCAGAGCACGAUGCCCAUGGGCAAUGUGGGUACCACCCGGCUCAGCCACAUGCCCUUGCCCCCUGCGUCCAAUCCUCCUGGGUCUGUGCAUUCAGCCCCAAACCGGGGCCUGGGCAGGCGGCCUUCAGACCUCACCAUCAGUAUUAAUCAGAUGGGCUCGCCGGGCAUGGGCCACCUGAAGUCGCCCACCCUUAGCCAGGUACACUCACCCCUGGUCACCUCUCCCUCCGCCAACCUCAAGUCACCCCAGACGCCCUCACAGAUGGUGCCCUUGCCUUCGGCCAACCCACCAGGACCUCUCAAGUCGCCCCAGGUCCUCAGCUCCUCCCUCAGCGUCCGUUCGCCCACCGGCUCGCCCAGCAGGCUCAAGUCUCCCUCCAUGGCGGUGCCUUCUCCGGGCUGGGUCGCCUCGCCCAAGACAGCCAUGCCCAGCCCUGGGGUCCCCCAGAACAAGCAGCCGCCUCUGAACAUGAACUCUUCCACCACCCUGGGCAACAUGGAACAGGGUGCCCUCCCGCCUAGCGGCCCCCGGAGCAGCUCCUCAGCGCCUCCCACCAACCCUCCCAGCGGCCUCAUGAACCCCAGCCUGCCAUUCACUUCCUCCCCAGACCCCACGCCUUCCCAGAACCCCCUGUCACUGAUGAUGUCCCAGAUGUCCAAGUACGCCAUGCCCAGCUCCACCCCGCUCUACCACAAUGCCAUCAAGACCAUCGCCACCUCAGACGACGAGCUGCUGCCCGACCGGCCCCUGCUACCCCCGCCACCACCACCGCAGGGCUCUGGGCCAGGGAUCAGCAAUAACCAGCCCAACCAGAUGCACCUGAACUCAGCUGCGGCCCAGAGCCCCAUGGGCAUGAACCUGCCAGGCCAGCAGCCCCUGUCCCAUGAGCCCCCACCUACCAUGCUGCCCUCCCCCACCCCUCUGGGCUCCAACAUUCCACUGCACCCCAGUGCACAGGGGACAGGAGGGCCCCCUCAAAACUCGCUGAUGAUGGCUCCAGGGGGCCCCGACUCCCUGAAUGCCCCCUGCGGCCCUGUGCCCAGCUCCUCCCAGAUGAUGCCGUUCCCCCCUCGGCUGCAGCAGCCCCACGGUGCCAUGGCCCCCAGUGGGGGCGGGGGCGGGGGACCUGGCCUGCAGCAGCACUACCCUUCUGGCAUGCCCCUGCCCCCAGAGGACCUGCCCAGCCAGCCACCAGGCCCCAUGCCCCCCCAGCAGCACCUGAUGGGCAAAAGCAUGGCCGGGCGCAUGGGCGACGCAUACCCCCCGGGCGUGCUCCCCGGGGUGGCAUCAGUGCUGAACGACCCCGAGCUGAGUGAGGUCAUCCGGCCCACCCCGACGGGGAUCCCCGAGUUCGACUUGUCCAGGAUCAUCCCCUCGGAGAAGCCAAGCAGCACCCUCCAGUACUUCCCCAAGAGCGAGAACCAGCCCCCCAAGGCCCAGCCCCCCAAUCUGCAUCUCAUGAACCUGCAGAACAUGAUGGCGGAGCAGACCCCCUCCCGGCCCCCCAACCUCCCGGGCCAGCAGGGCGUCCAGCGGGGGCUCAACAUGUCCAUGUGCCACCCCGGACAGAUGUCCUUGCUGGGCAGGACAGGUGUGCCCCCACAGCAGGGCAUGGUGCCCCACGGCCUGCACCAGGGGGUCAUGUCCCCUCCUCAAGGCCUUAUGACCCAGCAGAAUUUCAUGCUGAUGAAGCAGCGGGGCGUGGCAGGGGAGGUCUACAGCCAGCCCCCCCACAUGCUCUCCCCCCAGGGCUCCCUCAUGGGCCCCCCGCCCCAGCAGAACCUCAUGGUGUCCCACCCCCUGCGGCAGCGCAGCGUGUCUCUGGACAGCCAGAUGGGCUACCUCCCGGCGCCGGGCGGCAUGGCCAACCUGCCCUUCUAGCGGUCCCUGUAGAGGCUGGGACUGGGGCUGGGGCUGGGGCGGUAUUGCAAAUAUGAUAACCUUCGAAAAAUUUCUUUCCCUCCAGUGUUGGGAUGGCCUGGGUCAAGGGGUGGGGUGGAGGGGGUGGGAGGGGGCUUGUGUGGGAGUGGCAUUUGUGGAAACCAGAUGUGCUGGCAGCUUAGGGGGAAGUGGCAGAGUGGGGUGGGGGAUUUGGGAUGGCAUUUGGUUCCAUUUCGGCCACCAGGGCUGCCCCUCCCCGACUCCUCCCAAGUCCUAUGAGCCUCAAUUUCCCCUCUUUCUCUGCACCCACCCUCUUUGGCUUUGCUUUCAGAGUCCUUGGUGGGGAGCGGAAGGAGCAAGGUCCCCAGUGUCCCUCUCCUUGCCGCUGUCUCCUGGAGCUUCACUUUGUUCCUUUUAGUUUCUCUGUGGUCCCCCCCCCCGCCCCCGCUUCUCCUUCUGUCCUCUCCUGCCUCGGUUUCUCUCCCUGCUGGUGUGGCUGACCCCCUCUCCCACCCCAUCCUGCAGGCGGCUGGCCAGGUGGGCAGGUGCCAGCCGUAGCUGUAAAUAGAGCGCUGCGCUUUUGUGCCGGUUUGUGCGUGUGCUGUAUUUCUGUGUUUUGAUAGAAGUCACACAAGAAAAGGAUAAAAGAAACCCUUCCCCCCCCUUCUUCAAAUGACUGCCCCUUCCAUUCCCCUGGCCCCAGGGGCACGCAGUCCGGCACACCUAUCCACUGUGGCAGUGUCUCUGGGUCCCUAAAGGAUACCAUUCCGGUCCCCAACCCUGAUGGUGAAAUGACAUAGCUACCCCACACCUAAACUGAGGUCAGACCACCUAGGCUUCCACCUGGUGAGCCCCAGCAGGGCUGAGACCCCCAGGGCGGCAGCCUGUCUGCUGCUGAGUGAUUCAGGAGAACGCGUGCACAUGCACACGUGUUUGCCCCACACAGGUGACACGGGGCCCUGGCUUCCCAGCUGUGGAUGUCUGGUGUCCCCUGCUGCUACAUCUUAGCCAGAACUUGAAGUCCUUGGUCCCCAGUCUGGGAUGAAGGAAAGGAGGAUGAGGCGGAGGCUGUGUGGCCCCCUUAUGUGGAGCCACGGAGGAGUGGCCCCCGGUGGCACGGGGCCCCUGGCGGUCCUGUGCCUGCUGCAGUGGCCCUGGAUCAGGUGGCCCUCCGGCCCCUGACUCUUCCAGAGGCUGCCACCUACUUCUCACCAAAAGAGGAAGGAAAAGGGUUUGGCCAAGUCAGCCUGUCUCCCUCCCGCCUCCCCUCCGCUGAGGAUGGAGUGGAGCAAGUGUUAGACGCGGAGCAGGGGAGCACCCUCCCGCUUCUCUGCCUGUCCCAUCACUGGCAAGGUCCCUCUGCCCAGAGCUCAGGGCUCUGUGCCCCCCUCCCGCCCCCCCGCCAGGCGCAGCCACUGCCUUCCCCUCAGCCCCCAGCUCUUUCCCAUAAAGCUCCCCAGCUGCUUCUGGUCAGAGCUGAAGCCAUACACAAUUGGGUGUUUCGCCCUCUUGGCCCCAGGAGUAAAACACUUCUCCUUUUCUCACUUCCUUUCCUGCCUUGUGAGGUGGCAGGGCAGUUCCCUGGCUGAGGCCUUCCGUACCCCCGCCUCCAGGGCCAAGGGCCAUUUCUCGACUAGGUGUCUUCUGCCUUGGCCCAUCCCCAGCCUCCCUGACCUGAGGGCCUGGUCUCCCAUUGGCAGCUGUGAUACAAAGGGAAUUUGUCCCCACUUCACCCAGUCUGGUGCUGUCCUCAGUCCACUGUCAGCCAGGUCAGGCGCUUCCUCUGGGGCUGGUCGCAGGCUUCUGCCUCCCCCAGCCCCUCCCGAGGGCUGGGGCCAGGCCUCUUAUGUUCAGAGGCCACCUGCCCUCCAUCCCACCAGACACUUUCCUGCCCCGUCUCAACCUGGGCCCCGCGCCCGUGAGCCCCCCCACCCCGACCCAAGAUUCUCCAAACUGACUCUAAGUGUUUCCUGCCCAGAGGAGAGAGGGGUCCGACUGCAAAGGGCCAGAUGCCCUCCCCUCCCCCCUCUCUUCCCACCUCUGCCACCAGACUAGCUUUCCAAGGUGAACUCCACAGGCCAGCCGACUUCCCUCCAUCCAUGGCCACACCCCCAGCCAUUUUGUACCAUUAUAUAAAUAUAUAUAUAUAAAUAUAAAUAUAUAAAUACAAUAUGUGAAGACAUCUUCUUGGUUUUUAUUUUGAAACAAUUUUUAGGCUUGUUCCGGGGGUCUCUGUGCUGCCUGUACUGUAUUGACCUGUUUUAUAGGUGCCUUUUUAUUAAAAAGAGAAAAUU